AUGGUGGCGGCAGCGGUGGCGGCAGAGGCGGCGGCGGAGACAGUUGCAGUUCCAUUGUUGAUGCUAGCAGAGGAGGAGGAAAAGAAAGGAAUUCGUGAGUUUUGGGACUUGUCAAAGGGUGUCACCUAUAGUAUGAGCUUCCCCGAACUGGUGGGGAAGUGCUGCUUGGGUGUGGGAUUUCCAGGUUGGCUUUUCACGGCGGACGAACAAGGUCACAUGAAUCUCUUCCAUCUCUUCUCGCGUUCCCUAAUUAACCUCCCAGACAUGGACAUGUUGGAGGGUUUUGAUUACGAGGAUGAAAAGGGUAAUUGUGCUCUUUAUGUCGAAAAAGCAGUGAUUUCUUUGGAUCCUCUAAUCUCAAAAGAAGACUAUGUUUUGGCCCUAAUUCAAGGGUAUCCUCGGACUUUUGCUUUUUGGAGGCCAGGAAGCAAGUGCUUUACCAGUGUAUCAGAGACUGUACCCGAAUGCGCCUAUUCUGACAUCACUUGGGAUGAUGGGCAGUUCUAUGGUGUUGAUUUUUGGGGCAACGUUAUCAUCUUCGACUUCAGAUCAGGAAAUUAUCCAAUGUCCGCAAGAGUUGUGAGAUCAGAGAUACCUCCUGAGAUAAUGAGAGGAAACCUAGUUUACAUCGUCUAUUCAAUGGGUGAACUAUUAGUGAUCAAUCGAGACGGAGCUUAUGAGGACGAUGAUACUGGGAUUUAUGGGGCUAAACAUUUCCAUGUGUACAAUAUUAAUGAUAUUGAUGGCACUACUCCUAGUUAUUCCGAGGUUAAAGACUUGGGGAAUAGGGCAUUGUUCGUUGGCAAUAGUGCAACUGUGGCUGCUGUUGAACACUUAGCUCAUGGGAAUGGGAUCCAGGGCAACCAUAUUUAUUACACAGAUAAUUGUACAGACACAUACUUCAAUCUUGAACAAGGUGGUGGCAAAGACAUGGGCGUAUACAACUUGCUUGAUGGAACCAUUGUGCCUCACUACACUGGUCAAUCUUACCACAAACUCACUCCACCUCUUUGGAUUUUCAGCAAGCAACUCUCCCUCUCUUGA